GGGCGUGUGUGGGAAGAGAAGCUACUUUCGGUGAGCACCGCGGGAGCAUCACCCUACGGGUUGCCCUGCCGCCGCUGCUGCCCGGCAAGAUGAUUGGGGUCCUGCUCCUACUUCUCCUCCUCCCCCUUCUCUUGUACAUCGCUGCACCCCAAAUCAGGAAAAUGCUCUCCAGUGGGGUUUGUGCAUCAACUGUCCAGCUUCCCGGGAAGGUGGCCGUGGUCACCGGAGCUAACACAGGCAUCGGGAAGGAGACAGCCAAAGAGCUGGCUCAAAGAGGGGCCCGUGUGUAUAUAGCUUGCCGGGAUGUGCAAAAGGGGGAGUUGGUGGCCAGAGAGAUCCAGACGAUGACAGGGAACCAACAGGUUUUGGUGCGGAAACUGGACUUGGCUGAUACUAAAUCUAUUCGAGCCUUUGCUAAGGGCUUCCUGGAAGAGGAAAAGCAUCUCCACAUUUUGAUCAACAACGCAGGAGUGAUGAUGUGUCCCUACUCCAAGACGGCAGAUGGCUUCGAGAUGCACAUAGGAGUCAACCACUUGGGUCACUUCCUCUUGACCCAUCUGCUGCUAGAGAAGCUGAAGGAAUCAGCCCCAUCAAGAGUAGUGAACGUGUCUUCCCUGGCACAUCACCUGGGACGGAUCCAUUUCCACAACCUUCAUGGCGACAAAUUCUACCAUGCAGGUCUGGCCUACUGUCAUAGCAAGUUAGCCAACAUUCUCUUCACCAAGGAGCUGGCCCGGAGGCUCAAAGGCUCUGGUGUUUCAACAUACUCUGUACAUCCUGGCACGGUCAAGUCUGAAUUGACUCGGCACUCAUCUUUCAUGCAAUGGAUGUGGCGGCUUUUCUCCUUCUUCAUCAAGACCCCCCAGGAGGGAGCCCAGACCAGCUUGUACUGUGCUUUAACGGAAGGUCUUGAGAUUCUAAGUGGGAAUCAUUUCAGUGACUGCCAUGUGACAUGGGUCUCUGCCCAGGCUCGUAACGAGACCAUAGCAAGACGGCUCUGGGAUGUCAGCUGUGACCUGCUGGGCAUCCCUACAGAUUGACAAGUGGUGGCAGUUGGACCCAAGAGACGUGCCCAGCAGACUACUCAGUACUCCCUGCCAAAAUGAUUCUCCUUUAGGAUGGCCAAAACCUUGAGCACAGAGAGAGCAAACCUUUCAGACUUGCCAACUUGCUAUCUGAUAAAAGCCCAGCAUACACUGCCAGAUUCUUCAAAAUGCCUUGCAUUUGUCCAGAUUUACUUUGCUCCUGUUAUUGCCAGUUACUAGAGACCCCAUAGGAUAAGUACACCUUCAUGAGUACACCUGCAAGCUCAUGUUUUCCUCCUGACACCUACUACCCGGCAGAACCUGAGCUAUGGCAGGGUUGGUUUAUGGCAAUUUUGUUCACAAUGUAGUUCCUCCCAACCAACUAACCCUUACUUCGAGAGGGUCACACCACAGCCUCUGCCAAAUGCCAGGAGUCACUGUGGCUUGGCACAAGAGCAGGGCUUGUCCCUCAUCUCCUAAUAAAACCAUCAUGGUGCCA